CAUGCCCACACAAGUUCAAGACUACUACUCAUUCUUUUUCUUAUUGAUGUGCUCAUUGGUUUUUCUAUUAUUUUUAUUUAUUUUUCUCUCUUUUCUUUUGCAGAUUGUCCUGCAAAGUGCGCGUAUCGGUGCAGCAAGUCGGGAAGGCCAAAGAUGUGCCUGAGGGCGUGCAACACCUGCUGCCAGCGGUGCCACUGCGUCCCUCCUGGAACCUCUGGGAACACAGAAAAGUGCCCCUGCUGGGCCCACAUGAAGACCCACGGCGGCCGCCCCAAAUGCCCUUAAAAAGAAGCUAACAUUGCCCUAUAAUACCUAAUUAUUCACCUUGCAGUAUACAUGUCUACAACUCCUCAGCAUAGAAUAAGUCUGCGCUUUCAUGAAUUGAUAAAUAUGCAAUCCUUCAUAAAAUAAAAUGUUGCU